AUGUAUCGGAAGUUGUCUAAGUUAGAACACUCGGAAAUAAAACAACUUCUUACAGAAGCUAAUAUAGAUGUUGCAAAGCAUUACGCAACAAACAAAAAAGCACUCGCUGACAUCCUCAAUGACUAUAAUGGUGCAAUAAGUUAUGAUAGAAUUCAUGAGUUCAUAAAGCCGCAACGCGGCGAGGACGAAGUCCAUGCAAGAGCAUUUCCUUUAAAUGACGUUGCUAUUGACUUAUAUCAUAGACGUUCAGUACCUCAUGAAGUAAGAAGAGAAAUGUUUGACAUAACAAAUGCAAACGUUGGUCAUACUCGUAAAGCUCUUUCGCAUGAUGUUCGUCAAGAGAUGUUUGACAUAACAAAUGCAAACGUUGGUGAAACACGAAAGAGAGACGACACACUGAAACAACAGAGAAGAGAGAUGUUUAAGAGCGCUAUAGAACAAGUUCGCAAAGCUAACGAUGUCAUUCGUUCCAUUGACGACAAACCAAAAGAAGGUGAGAGAUGGUUAAAGAAAGAUGAAGAGAAUAGGAAGAGAAAU